AUGGCGUCUCGACGUGGGCACAAGCCGCUCAUGAGCUUCCUACGAUUGCGUACGACAAUUCAAAAGCAAUUGCAGAUUGAGGAGGCAUUGUUUCGUACUGAAUUACAACGGAAUUGGUUCAUCUACAAUGAUCAACAUGCACCAGCAACAAUUGUCAUGGGAAUCUCAGGCAAACCAGAGCAAUUGCUACAUCAAGAGGCUGUAAAACGAGACAAUAUUCCAGUACUCAAGCGCUUCAGUGGUGGUGGUACUGUCAUUGUUGAUCACAAUACGAUCUUUACCACAUUCAUAUGCAGACAGCAGGAUUUUCCACUGGUCAAGCCCUUUCCACGUGACAUUAUGACCUGGUCACAUGACUUUUUCUCACCCUUCUUCUCGCGCAUCUGUCAUACAGACCUGCAGUUCUCACUGCGAGAGGAUGACUACGUGUUUAACGACCGCAAGUUUGGUGGCAAUGCCCAGAGUUUGUCGAGAGGUCGCUGGCUGCAUCAUACAUCGUUCUUGUGGGACUUUGACCCGACGAACAUGGAGUACCUAACCAACCCCGCACGACAGCCAAAGUACCGCCAGCAGCGAAGCCAUCACGAGUUUUUGUGUCCGCUUAAGGAUGUGCUAAAGAAGGAAUGCGCGGACCGCAAUAAGUUUGAAAGUGAGCUUCACGCGGAACUCGCGCACAACUUUGACGUUCAACUCGUGGAGCUGGAGGAAAUCAAACAGUUUUUGGAAAUGGAACACCGAAAGUCCACACGCUUCCUGGAACUAUAG